CCCACGCGUUCUGGCUCUUUUUGCGUCUCGCCUGCCGUCGGACAUCCAGACAUUCCCGCACUUCCCAAACACCUGUCGCAACAACCGCCCAGCAACAAUGUCCCCUCCAGUCCCCAUCACGGUCUUCACAGGCUUCCUCGGAGCAGGCAAAACAACCCUAAUCCUCCGCCUCCUCUCCUGCCUACCCCCCACCUACAACGUCGUCCUCCUGAAAAACGAGUUUGGGGACGUUAAAGUGGAUAGUGAAUUAGCGAGGGAGGGAGAUAAGAGGGGGAAUUUGAGGGUGACGGAGAUGCUGAAUGGCUGUAUGUGUUGUGUGCUUGUGGGGCAGAUGAAGAACGCUUUGGAGGAGAUUAGGGAGAAUAUGAAUCCAUCGCGGAUCAUCAUCGAGACAUCCGGCUCAGCCUUCCCUGCCCCGAUCGCAUGGCAGAUCCGCGAGCUUGGCGCGGAAAACUACACACUCGACGGGAUCGUCACCGUCAUAGACUGCGAAAACUUCCCCGGCUACGAAGACACCUCCUACACCGCGCGCCUCCAAGCGCAAUACACCGACCUAAUUCUCCUCAACAAGCACUCCCACAUCACUCCGCGCCAACUCGACCUCGUCCUCGAUCUCGUCAAUGAUCUCAACACCGACACGCCGAAAGUCCUUUGUGAUGCCAAAAACGGGGAUGUGGACCCUGAUUUGGUGUUUGGGAUUGAUACGAAGCUGUUUGAGUUGCAGAAUAGGGGACGGGAUGAAGAGGUGUUGGGGGAAGUGGAUGUGCGGCAUAUGGAGAGGGAGGUUGUUGUUAUGAGUGUUUCGUUGAAUGUCGGGGAGGAUGCGGGACAUUCGCAUGCACAAUCGCAUGCUGUACACACGCACGACGCCUCCAACCCCUGCACAUCCCCAACCUGCACCGUUCCCAUCCCAACCAUCUCCACCCCACCCGCCCUCACCCCCGCCCUGCUCACCACUCUCCUCUCCUCCAUCCCCCCCGACGAGAUCUACCGCAUCAAAGGCCUCAUCCUCCUCUCCCAGAAACUGCACAUCCUAAACUGGGCAUUCGGCCGCCUCGACGUCACUCCCGUGACGAACAGCGAUAUUCUGGAUGAGAAUAAGGAUGUGGCUGUGCGGUUAACGGUGAUGGGGUGUAGGGGCGGGGAGGUGGGGAGGUGGGUGGAAAGGAUUAGGGAGGGGUUGGGUGUGCCGGAGACGGUGGUGGGGGUGGGAAGCGUUUAGAUGGGAGCUCAAGGAGUGACUGUGGGAUAGAUUCAUGUAGAUUGUAGAAAGAUCAGACUUGGUAGCAUGCGUUUAGACUCAUUUCUUCUUCAUUUAUUUUCGGAUGAUGAGAGCCUCUAUCCUUUCCGUCCACCAACGUCUCUCAAGCCCUGGAUCUGGACUCUCAACGGCUUUCAUACCAUUCCUGGGUAUACGUGUAAACGUCAGAGGAAGUCCUUGUGAGGAAGGAAAAGCGAAG